AUGCUCCCCCACGCGCGCAGGGUGUUCGACGGCGGGACCGACAACGACAUGUUCGCCUGGAACUGCCUGCUGCGCGGGUACGCGCGCGAGGGUGGCGACGCGGACGCACUCCACGAUUUCUUUGCGAGGAUGCCGUCCCGGGACAGCAUCUCGUGGAACACGGUCCUUUCAUGGUGCGUCGCCAAUGGGGAGUACGACGAGGCAAUCGCGGUAUUCCGGGAGAUGCUGGUGAGCCACGAGUGCCAGCCUGAUAGGGUGACAUUAGUGAGUGUUGUCUCAGCAACCGCCUACUUGGGGGCACUUGCUUUGGGGCUCUGGGCACAUGCAUUUUAUGUGUUUGAGAAUGCUGCAGUAAAGAUGAGCUUGGAUACUUGGAAUGCAAUGUUAGCUGGUUUCACAGCUAAUGGUUGCAGCGCGAGAGCUCUGGAGCUGUUCACCAGGAUGGAGUCAAAAGGACUGGUGCCUAACAAGAUUACUUUUAACAGUGUACUGAAUGCUUGUAGCCAUGGGGGCUUAGUGGAUGAAGGCAUACGGUAUUUCGAGAGGAUGUCCAGAGUUUAUGGUAUUGAGCCUGACAUUGCACAUUAUGGUUGCAUGGUGGAUCUGUUCUCCCGUGCAGGUUUGUUUGAGAAAGCUGCGGAGAUAAUUCAGAUAAUGCCGAUGGGGCCAGAUGCUUCCAUGCUGAAGGCACUAUUGGGUGCUUGUAGAACUCACAAGAACUUACAGCUGGGAAAAAAGGCUGGCCAUAGGCUUAUUGAGGCUGCCCCAAAUGAUCAUGCAGGGUAUGUGUUGUUAUCCAACAUAUAUGCACUAGAUGGCAACUGGGGAGGAGUACAUAAGGUGAGGAAGCUUAUGUUGGAUCAUGGCGUGCUCAAGAUCCCUGGGAGCAGCUCAGUGGAACUUAAUGGUGUUAUACUCCUGACACUUCACAAGUGCUGCUAG